CAAAACUGACGGGUUAAAACUUUCUGUAAAGCUCUAUGUAUUUUUCCUCACAGGUGACAGUUACAACUAUUGGCUAUGGGGAUAAAGUACCUCAGACUUGGAUUGGGAAGACCAUUGCUUCUUGUUUUUCAGUGUUCGCAAUUUCAUUUUUUGCACUACCUGCGGGAAUCCUUGGUUCAGGCUUUGCCCUGAAGGUACAGCAGAAACAAAGACAGAAGCAUUUCAACCGUCAAAUUCCAGCUGCUGCCUCUCUCAUACAGACCGCCUGGAGAUGCUAUGCAGCAGAAAACCCAGACUCUUCAACAUGGAAAAUAUAUAUUCGAAGACCUGCCAGAAAUUAUCAUUUGCUGUCACCCAGUCCAAAACCAAAGAAAUCAGUGAUGGUUAAAAAGAAGAAAUUUAAGCUAGACAAGGACAACGGGCCUUCUUCUCCAGAUAAGAUGUUAACAGUUCCACACAUCACUUAUGACCAUGUGACGGAUGACAAGAAACCUGAUUUCUGUUUUGAUACAUAUGAAAAUUCUGGUAAGCAAUUUGUUGUAGAAUGCAUUGUCUUCUGUUAAUGAUUUAUGCGUAGG